AUGAACCUCAGUCUUCCUGAUCAGAGUAUGCACAGCUCAAGCGAAAGCUGCCAAGAGGAUGACAAACCUGAUGUCAUGCUGCCCUGCUUCCGUAGAAACAUGUACGAUGAGCCUCUGGCUUCUUACUCAAACGGAUCCAUCAUCUCUCAGCUCCUCCGCAAGACCAUUCAUAACAAAAGGGCCCUGGAAGAAAGCCACUUUUUCCUCUCCAGCUCCACCGCCGCUGACUCCGGCCAGGAGGACGAGAGCAGUGUCUCCUCGAAAGACAGCACGGUGGAGGCGUCAUCCCCCAGCGGCCACGUUUCCACAGGAGCCAGCCCAGAGGGGGAGCUCCCAGCGACCGACCAUCUGCAAGCCAAGAGGGCUAGAGUGGAGAACAUUAUCAGGGUCAUGGCUGGAUCUCCGAACGGCAGGCAGCAUGGAGACACUGAGAGGUCUGACCCAGGCACGAGAGACACCCGGGAGGCCAGGGAAUCCUACAGAGAAAACAAACGUAAGCAGAGGUUGCCUCAACACCAGGAGCACAGUGCUGCUGGACAGGUGGGCAGAAAGUCGGGCAGCAGCAACGGUGACCGCUGCAACACCAAGGAAGAAGAAUGCCACAAACUGAAAGAGCAGCUCCACAGCAUGCAAAGACUCCUGCGCCAGCUCCAGGAGAAGUUUCUGCAAGUCUACAACCAGGAGGAUCCGGAGUUUGAAAAGAGAGAUGCAGCAAAUGUUGAUCCUGAAAAUGACAUGCAGGGAGAAGGCACAGAGUCAUUCUACAUGAGCACUGAAGAUGAUUUUGAGAGGAAGACCAGCAGGGCGGCGGCAGACUGUAAGGACCGCAUGAAAGUAGUCGGUUACCUUGUUCACCAAAGCGAGAGUCAGAACCUACAGGAGACCCUGAAGCAGGAGCUCUCCAGGGCUGUUGAUGACUGCGUGGACAGGGUUUUUAAGAAGAUGUCCUCUCCAGGGAUGGGUUUGACCCCUCAGCAGCGUACGUGCUCAUCGCCAGAGGUGCAGAUCAGCAUUACAGCAGACAAGAAAAGCCAGCAGGUCACCUCUGCCCUCAGUCAGCCCCAAGCCGAGGAAGCCGCAGUGAAAUCCAGAUCAUUGGAGUACUAUGAAAGCUCUGAGGCCCAAAGCCCGCAAGACCAGACGGAGGCCCUGUCUUUGGUGGUCCGCAAGCCGACCGUGGUGACCCCCGUGAGCUCAGUCGCCCCGACUGUGAAGAGGCCCUACGCUGUGCACCAGACACCCUUCCAGUUGAAUUACAGCACCCCCCUGCACGAGAACCACAUUUUGGAGCACCUUCUGAAGUAUGGGCCGCAUUCCAGCUUUGGGGCUCUCCCCUGCAUGCCUCCGUCAAUGGACAGGACCUCCCCAGACUCCGUGGACCUGCCCUGGGACACUAUCGCCAUGAGGUCGAAAGUGACAUCCAGUCACCUGGGGCACCAUCCCCGUCCCUCUUCCCUGGGGGCGGUGGCCGUCGACAAUUUGUGUCUCCCUCAUGUCAAGAUCGAGUGUGGCGAGCUCCAGAGCAUGGCUGAACGGAACCCCUACAUUCAUCUGAAGAAGGCAAAGCUCAUGUUCUUCUACACCCGCUACCCCUCCUCCAACGUCCUGAAGACCUUCUUCCCUGAUGUCAAGUUCAAUCGCUGCAUCACAUCUCAGUUGAUCAAGUGGUUCAGUAACUUCAGGGAGUUCUACUACAUCCAAAUGGAGAAGUUUGCCCGCCAGUCCAUUCUUGAUGGAAUCAGCAAUGUCAAAGACAUUACGGUUAGCAGAGACUCGGAGCUCUUCCGGGCACUGAAUAUGCACUACAAUAAAGCCAAUGACUUUCACGUUCCUGACAGGUUCCUGGAAGUUGCUGAAAUCACUUUACAGGAAUUCUACAACGCCAUCUCAGCAGCCAAAGAUUCCGAUCCUUCUUGGAAAAAGGCCAUCUACAAGGUGAUCUGUAAGCUGGACAGCGAUGUUCCGGAGGAGUUUAAGACAUCCUCCUACUUAUAGGUUGGAGUGGGCGCAGGUGUUUUUUCAAAGCCGAAUUAAAGAGUGAUUUUUUAAAAAGUCAUUUGACAGUAUUAUUUCAUUAUUUCUUGUAGUACAUUUUAGCGAGGUGAGAGAUAGAUAGUGUAUAUGUAAAAAAAACACCCCACUUACAACAUUUUACAAGUUGCAACUGAAUCAUUUUUGUUCUGCUGUCAUAAAAAAAGUUGACCAUGAUAAUGAAUAAAUUGCUUGUGGAUUUAUUUCAGUGUUUACUUCUUUGUAUUUAGACUGUUAUUUAGUUUGUAUUUGUGUUUACAAAAUGUUUACAAGGAUUCAGUCAUCAAUCAUCAUAUGGUAGAAGUUUCUGUUUUGAAUUUCAUUUCAUAGCCGCGUUUGUGUUGUGUAAAUGUACCUGCACUGCUGUUUAAUGUUGCAUAAUGUACCGUACUUCUGCUGUAUAUAUCCGCUUAUCUAAACGCAUGCAUCGUAGUUCUCGUUAUCACGUGUGAGGAUAUGGCUCCUGUCUUGUAAAGUACAAUCCUUUCCAGAUAUUUUGCUCACAAACAUUGUGCGCGAUGAUUAUUCAAAUUAAAGAUGCA